AUGUUUCGCCUCCUAUCUCGGCCGCUGCGUUGCGUGGCUGCCGCUGCCAGCACACCGUCCCCUGACGUGGUGCAGAUCACGAAGGAAAAGGCGAACAAGCUCGAUGAUCUCUCGCCGCGGGCGAUCACAAAGAUUCUGGACGCCUACAUUGUGGGACAGGAUGCGGGCAAGCGCGCCGUGGCCAUUGCACUCCGUAACCGCUGGCGUCGUCGGCAGCUCAGCGAUGCCGAGCUGCGGAAGGAGGUGGUGCCCAAGAACAUGCUACUCAUUGGCCCAACCGGUGUCGGCAAGACGGAGAUCUCGCGUCGCAUGGCGCGCAUCACAGACGCCCCCUUUAUCAAGGUCGAGGCCACAAAGUACACGGAGGUCGGCUUCAAGGGCAAGGACGUCGAGAGCAUUAUCGAGGAUCUGUACACGAACGCCAAGCUCAAGGCGAGGCGCGCGCUCGAGGCGGAGCGGCACGCAGAGGCGCUGAACAUGGCGCUGGACACCGUGUAUAGCGCCUGGUCGGUGAGUCAGCGGAUGCGAGGGAUGGACCGCUCCCUGCUUGGCGCCGGCAAGGCCGAGGAAGGGACGUCGGCAGCUGCAGACGACAGCGCAUCAGAGUCGGAGGAGUCACCGCAGCAGCCACAGCCACACACUUUUGAGUACUUCCGCGAGCACUACCAGGAGGAACCGAUCAAGGACGACAUGGUGACGAUCGACAUAACCGCCCCGCAGGCAGUGACAAAGCCACCGAAGGAAGGCGGCAUUGAUCUGCAGUCGGUUGGCAUGCUGUUGGGACUGGGUGGGGAGCCGAAGAGGCUGAAGGUGUCGGUGACAAAGCGGGUGGCUGACGCCGUGCCGCUGGCCACGCAAGAGGCACUAGACAAGCUCAUCGACGAAGCCUCAGUAAACACACUGGCGCGUGCGCUGGCGGAAGAAGAGGGCGUCAUAUUUGUGGAUGAGAUCGACAAAGUAGUUGCCGAGCCGUCGAGCGCCAACGCCGACGUCAGCUCCACCGGAGUGCAGCAAGACCUGCUGCCGUUGAUCGAGGGCUCCAACGUCACCAUGAAGGACGGCAGCGUCAUUGCGACGGACAACAUUCUUUUCAUCUGCUCCGGCGCUUUUCACGUGGUCAAGACGUCCGACAUGAUCGCGGAACUGCAGGGCCGACUGCCGGUGCGCGUAGAGCUACAGGCGCUGACGGAGAACGACUUCCGCCGUAUCUUGACGGAGCCCAAGUUCAACCUGCUGCGACAACAGGAGGAGAUGAUGAAGACCGAAAAGAUCGAAGUCGUCUUCACUGAGGAUGGCGUCAAUGAGCUCGCCAAGGUGACCUGCGCGGUGAACGCCCAAGGUCAGAACAUCGGGGCCCGUCGCCUCAACACGAUUCUCGAGCGCGUCAUGGACCCGUACAGCUUCAACUGCGAAGAUUACGAGGGCAAGAAGGUGGAGAUCAACGCCAAGGUGGUGCAUGAGGCGACGGAAAGACUCCAGAAGAAUGUGAACUUAGCUAAGUAUCUGUUGUGA